CUUCCUUUUCCUUCAUUGCAAGAAACAAAUACUAGAAAUAGAGGGAAAUGGAGCAAAGUAGAGGUAUAUUUGAAGCCUUAAAUGGAAAUAUUUAUGGAAAUAUUAGCAAUAGCCAAACACUAGUAUUGGGGCAUGGAUUUGGCUCAACACAAAGUGUUUGGCACAAUCUUAUCCCUUUCCUUGCAUUAUAUUUUAGGGUUGUAGUGUUUGACUUAGCUUUCUCUCCAAAUGUUAUCCCUAAAAUGUAUGAUCCAAACAAGUACUCCAAUUAUAGUGGGUAUGCACAUGAUUUGGUGGGUGUUCUUGAUGAGCUUAAGGUUGAUAAGCCCAUUUUUAUGGGUCAUUCUAUGUCAGCCAUGAUUGGAUGCUUAGCUUCUAUACAAAGGCCACAACUCUUUCAACACCUUAUUUUAUUGGGUGGUUCUCCUAGGUAUCUUAAUGAUCAAGAAUAUGAAGGAGGAUUUGAAAAGUCAGAUAUUGAUGAAAUUUUUAAUCAAAUGAAGCAAAACUAUACAGAUUGGGUUCAAAAUUUUGCUCCAAAUAGCAUAGGAGUAAAUGAUAGCAAUGCAAUCUCAGAAUUUGAGCGUAGUUUGAAAAUGAUAAACCCUAAUACAAGUUUUGAUGUUGCAAAGUCCGUCUUUUUAAGCGAUUAUCGAUCGAUUUUAUCACAAGUACAAGUCCGAGCAACCAUCAUUCAAUCGAAAGAUGAUUUCGUCGUUCCAUUAUUUGUUGGUAAUUAUAUGAAGGAGAAAUUGGGAGGUCUUGUGAAUUUGACUAUCUUGGACACCCAUGGCCAUUUUCCCAUGUUAACUAACCAUUCUUUGCUUCUUAAGGUCCUUAGUAGUGUUCUUGGAAUACAAGAUGGUUGAGCUUGGCACUUUGUAUUCAUCAUGUGAUGAUGGAAUGCAUGGGUCAAGAUAUGUUGUUCCACAUGAAAGACCCAAAAAAAUUCAAAGAAAAAUUAAUUCUUACAUUCACUUUCUAUAUAUAUCAUUCAUGCACAUAGUAACUAUUACAAGGUGUGUCACACGAUUUCACAUGUACAAGUUAUUCUUAAUCUUCAAUCCAGUAUUUCCACUCAAAGUCAAGAUUUGGAAAAGGGUACAUGUCCAACUCAUCUUCUUUUAAAAUUAAUUUAGGAAAAAUUAUCGUCAAUAAUACAAUUUUUUGUUAAUUUUUAUACAAUAAUACCAACUAUUGAUUAGCCAUGAAUAAUACCAACUUAGGGGGUAUUUUCCUAAAGUAAUACCAACUUUAGUUUAUUAAUUAGUUUAUCAAGUUUUUUGUCUUAUAAUCACCAAUAAUUUGAUUUUUAACAUGUUAGGGAUUUUCUAGACAACAACCCUUUAAGUUGAUAUUAUUCAUAGUUAAUCAAUAGUUGGUAUUACUGUACGAAAAUUAACAAAAUGUUGUAUUAUUCACGGUAAUUUUUCCUUUAAUUUAUUUUAUGUUGAGUUGUA